AUUGUGAUUUGUGAUGAUUUAAUUCAGAAUACAGUUUAACAUGUGAGAUAAGUGCUUUUCGUAUUAGUGUUUUAACUAAAAUAAGAAGUGUAUACGUUUAUUUUGUAAUUGAGUAUUACAAAACGCUACGUCAGUGCAUUAAUUUUAUUUGUAACUCAGAUAUAGGUUUGUGAAUAAAAAUGGACGCCGAACAAUUCUCAUUAAAAUGGAAUAAUUUUCACUCUAACCUGACUAGUGGAUUUCAUGCCCUUUUACGUGGAGAAGAUUUAGUUGAUGUAACAUUUGCUGUGGAAGGAAAAUUUCUACAAGCACAUAAAUUAGUUUUGUCAGUAUGCAGUCCUUAUUUCAAACAAAUGUUCAAGAUUCAUCCUGAUAAGCAUCCUAUAAUAAUAUUAAAAGGGGUUGCUUAUAGUGAUAUGUCCGAUAUUUUAUUGUUUAUGUACCAAGGGGAAGUUAACGUACGACAAGAAAAUUUAGCAAAUUUUCUAAAAACUGCAGAGCUAUUGCAAAUUAAGGGUCUCACAGAAGAUGAAUCGUCGAAUGAUAAUCCAAAACCAGAUGCAACAAAUGAAAAAGACAAUACAUCAGAAUCAUUAACACAAUACAUGUAUCAAGAUAAACAAAAAAAUGACACUUCAACUAUAAAUAGUUCAUCAAAUUUACAAAAUGAUGCACCAAAGAGACCGGUGGUUUCUCCACCAGCUAAUUCUGAAACGAAAAGACUUAAAGUAGCAAACAAACCUGAAGAAAAUGCACUUGUUGAACCUACUGAUAUGACCUUCAUACCAAAGACUGAACCUAAUUUUAUGGAUGAGGAUUAUGAAUCAUCUAGCAUGGGAGAUUUUACACAAAUUAUGGAAAGUGCACAGAAAGAUAUGAAUAUGGCUUCAUCCGGCAUGUCACCUUUGGCAUCAUCGGUUCUUCAAGAUUCGAGUCAACUACUAGAUCACGGAUGUCUGGACGUGUUCUCGACCGCCUACAACAAAGUGGGAAAAACUGGAGGAAAAACUUCUAUUCCGUCCCCAUAUCGUUUCGAAUGCAACAAAUGCUUUAAGCAGUUCACAAGACGUGAUCAUCUUAGGACGCAUGAGGCAAAUAUCCAUGGAGAAAAUAAACCUUUGGUUUGUGUAACAUGCAAGAAAUUUUAUAAGAACAAUGAAAGCAUGAGGAAACACAUGGCCAAAUAUCAUGGGCCUGCUUCGAGACAAGUUAAAAACGAAUUGGUGGCUGAUAUUUCAUUGAUGGACAUAAAUUUGCCUCCAAUUUGCGUUGUUGAUGAUCUUAGUUCUUGAUUGGAACGAGUACUGGCUGGCCGGUUGAAAAGGAUUUUAGAAUGAUUGAACUGUGAUCUGACAGUAAUAUGGGAAAUAUUAAGAUUGAUGAAACUGUCUGGACAAAAAGUUGGAUUAUGAUAAUAACCAAAGACGUCAGUUUAAACUCAAUUGAAUUCAAGUAUUCUGAUAGUUACAGUAUUUUCCUGAUGUGCCUUAAAAUUUUAAAUGCGUGGUCUCAAACUUCUGUCGCUUGAUUAAGAUUGUAUCAAUUUGGGGUUUUUGACUUUAAUGAUCAUAUUUGAC